UUUGAUCUGCGCAUCGCGAGAUUUGAGCAGCUGUUGAGUGUGUGUUUUUUUAGACCAGUUCUCGUCGGCCAACACGUGGGGAGAAGAGAUUGACUUUGUACGGAACACUUUUUAUGGUCGAAACAGGGAGGGUCCAUUUACACCUUGCUUGACCGGUCUUGCUCUCAUCGUGGCGGCAUUAAGGACCCUAAAUUACUGUGGAGCUCGUGUCCUGAGAUGCCGCUGAGGUUUCGCUCGAUUGUGCCCUACACACUGCCUGGAGUUCUGGCACUGAUUGGCUGGUGGUGGUACAUCUCCCGCAAGAAAGAGCGUCUCAUUAGCCAUGACGAACCAGAUGAACCUUCAAAAAUCGCACCCCUUAGAACAUCUGUAGCAGUGGGUCAUAAUGGUGUGUGUGAAAAAGGCAAUGGAUCUUCUACAAAUAAAACGGAACAUCAACUAAUUUGCAGACAAGUAACUAAUCAAGACAAGGAGCUGGAAAAUAUCUCCCAAACUCUUGUUCAGGAUACAUACACAGCAUGUUCAGUGGGACAAUCUUCCAAAGAGGCAGCAUCUGAAACUUGUGGAAGGAGACUGAACAUUGAUAGACCCACAGUCUCAACUCUGCCACCAUAUGAGCAGGGUGACAGUCACAAAGUGUCACUCAAAGAACAUGGGUUCCAGAAGAAAAGCCCAGCAACUGCUUUGGCUACAGAGGCAAAAAUCUACCUAAAGAGUGAACUAACUUGUGCUGCGGGAGCCACUGUUAAAGAGAUUGACUUGCCCUGCCAAUCCACCAAAGUUAUGCACUCGGCCUCCUCGUCGACGUGCCUUUCAGAUGCAGAGAGGCCUGAGCCAGAGGGUGAGGUUGCAAAAAACUACAUUAUGACACAAAAUGAUGCCUGUGUGGUCACCCCCACUAAAGUGCAGAGAGGGAUCUCAUCACAGUUUGAUUCUCUAGAAACACCUACAUCCCCGCAUGAUUUCAAUCAACACAUUCUAACCAGCACUCCCACCUCCACUCUUCUGACCUUUAAAGCCCAGAACAAGUCAUUGACUUCACAGGAAAUCCUGCUUCACUGCAAUAAUGGUGAAAAACAAGAUUUGGAGGUUCUGGCAGCUGGGCUCAUAACUGAGGUCAUCUCGGCAGCCACUCAGCAGGUCCUUGGUGUCACCAGCUGCCAGGCUCCUGACAUAAGCAAGCAGUGCAACCACAGUUUGUCUGAUGCCCCUCAACAAAGCAAAGAGCAAGUGAUGCUGAAUGGCUGUUCUGCAGUGUCUGAAUGGGAGUCUAAUAUCAGUGGAUUGGUUUAUCAGCCAGAUAAUAUGCAGGUAGACCCUUUGCCAAAACUGUCUUACCAAGCGGCAAUGAGUACGCCUGUGCCAGGUAUUGAACAGAAAGGUGUUGAAUUGGCUACACAGGCUGAAGACUCUGCUUGUAGCACAUGCCACUCUGAGGAUGGCAAUAACAGCGAGGACCACAGACUGUUCGACAAGAGGGAUAUCUUCCAGGUUACAGACUUGUCAGAAAGAGAAGACCCACAAUCCCAAUCACUGGCUGAGACCACAACAGAGGUGAUGAUUUUGGCUUUGACUGAAGAAAUUUCAGCAAAUGUAAAUAGACUUGAUGGAAUGAACUUGAGGAAUGGAGCUCAUGGUACAUGUGAAGUGGAAACAGACCAAUCUGGAGGCUCUGAUGUGAACAGCAUGGACUCUGGUGACAGCGGCUGCACGAUGGGUGCUGGGAGUCAAAGUAAUCUUGCUACUUCAAGUUUAGAGCUUGUUAUCUGGGAGAUUGAAAUUCCAAAGGGUCUUGUUGGGCGCUUAAUUGGUAGGCAAGGAAGAUAUGUGAGUUUCCUGAAGCAGACCUCAGGCGCAAAGAUCUACAUCUCAGCCUUGCCUUACACACAGGAGUUCCAAAUAUGUCACAUAGAAGGUAUGCAGCAGCAAGUGGACAAAGCCCUAUCCCUGAUUGGGAAGAAAUUUAAAGAUCUGGAAUUGACCAACAUUUAUGCACCUCCACCGCCGCCCCUGACAUUGCCAUCACUCCCCAUUACUUCCUGGCUUCUUAUGCCCAGUGGCGUGACUGUGGAAGUGAUCGUGGUGAAUAUUGUGUCAGCUGGGCACAUCUUUGUCCAGCAGCACACCCAUCCUACUUACCAUGCCUUGAGGAGCCUCGACCAGCAGAUGUUCUUGUGCUACUCCCAACCAGGCAUACCCACCCUCCCCUCACCUGCGGAAGUUGGAGUAAUAUGUGCUGCUCCAGCAGUGGAAGGAGCAUGGUGGAGAGCUCAGGUCAUCACUUUCUAUAAGGAAUCAAAUGAGGCGGAAAUAAGAUAUGUUGAUUACGGUGGCUAUGACAGAGUCAAGAUUGACUCACUACGGCAAAUAAGGUCUGAUUUUGUAACGUUGCCAUUUCAAGGGGCUGAAGUAUUGCUUGACAACAUCGCUCCCUUACCAGGAGAAGAUUGUUUUUCGUCUGAGGCCACAUCAGCUUUAGAGGAGAUGACACGGGGUGCUGCACUGCUUGCACAAGUCUCAAACUAUGAUGAUAAUACUGGUCUUCCUCUGGUUCAUCUGUGGAACAUGGUAGGAGAGGAGGUUUUCUCAAUAAACCGUUCGUUGGCAGAGAGAGGCCUGGGGGUCUGGUUGGAUGGAUUUUGAACCAUCAUCGUUAAGACACAUCACUGGAUGAAGUUCUUUUUUUUUUUCUUUGAUGCCCUUUUCCUUUCUAAAAAAAAUUAAAUAAAAUUAGUUUUCAGGCAUAGUCUUCAAGAACAGCACUGUUCCAAAAUUGUAUUUAGGACGACCAUUCUUUUCCCAAUGCACUAAAAAAACAAACAAAAGAAGUACUUUAUAUAUAUAUAUAUAUAUAUAUAUAUAUAUAUAUAUAUAUAUAUAUAUAUAUAUAUAUAUAUAUAUAUCCAUCCAUCCAUCCAUUUUCUACCGCUUAUUCCCGCGACAUAUAUAUAUAUAAUUAUUGUUUAAAGUAUAAAAUGUAAGUGAAUAAAGGGUAACCCAAUGUUAUUUAUUCAACUAUGUUUUUCACUGUUGGGAAAAUCAUCAUGCUGUAGACAUUUAAUUCCUAAUUCACUGACAACUGGGUUUACAUUUCAGCCAGUUUGUGUUCAACAAAUGCUACAAAAAACCUCACAAAAAAUGUGCCUGUGUUUACCAUAGUUUGAGACACUCCACAUAUUUUUCAUGACAAAAAUUCAGGGCACACCACCAAGCAUGCCGUGACUUAUUGUUUUAUGAAUCACUAAUUAUAUAUGCCAUCUGGAUGAUGAUAAUGUUAUGCCUUCCACUAUACUGGCUCACAGGCAUAGCUAAACAAAGAUAUUUGUAAUAAAUUAUCCUUUUGGGACCAAUUCGGUAGACCUGGUCAGCUCAUGGGGCUGUGGUUGGGAAUCACCGGGCUAAGCAACACUCGAGUCUGCAACUUUGACAAAACUGAAUGGUUGUCUUUGUCGCCACCAAAUACUGUUUGGGGAGACUCAUCAAAGGAUUUUACUUCUAGACCCUACCAUCUUUCCAAUAUGCAUAUUUUUAAAAAUCCUGAGGUACCUUAGUUUUCGUUAGAUCAGUUCCAAAAGGUCGGACAAAAACUGAAUCCAUGUAUCCCGUUACAAAUUAUGUAAAUCUUUUUCAAUUUUAUAGAAAUAUAGUAUUCCAUACAGAAAAGAAUGAGAACCACAAUGACUGAAAUGGAUGAAUAAAAAUUUACAUAACUUUACCAAUAUUGUUGAAGGCGCUUGAAGGGCCGCACAGAUGCCACCUUUGUACUUUGAGUUUUUUCUUGAAUUCAGUAGUGUUUCUCACCUUUUUUAACGUGCUGGCACUUGCUACUUUAUUUGGCCCCAUGGUGGCUUAUUUUGCAGUUCGAUUGUACAGUACUAUUCAAAAUAGGGAGUGCUUUUCUGACAAUUUAAAUGAUCAAUAACCGCUAACCCUAAAGGGAAACAAAGCUCCUUGAAAUACACUACUUGGUUUUGUUAACCAACAAAAAAACAAUUCAAUGUAACAUUGGAUAUGGAAAAACGCUAGAUGACAUUGACAAGUCUGAUAUUUAAAAAAAAAAAUGUUUGUUGUGGCCUCUUUAAAAUGGUGCAAUAUUGGGAAAGCAUCUGUGCUGUCAUUGUAUUAUGUUUAUGCUAAUAUUUAUAACCCUUCUAAAAGUAAUCCAGCACAAAUCUUAUACCCACAUUAUCCUAAUGCAAGGUUAACAAUCAGGGGAAAAUGUCUGAAUGCAUUUAACUACUGCCAAUUUCUUAGUACAUUAAUAUUCAAAGUGCAGCGAGGGGCCCGUUUUUUUCCCGCUCAUUUUUCAUUGGCUCUUGGCAUAUUCUAUAAAUGUAUUAAGUAUAGCCCCCCAACAUCCUUUUGUCUUAAUGUGUCUUGGAUGUUUAAAUUGAAAUGAUGGUGUCAAAGAUGCACUAAGGAAAACAAAAACAAAGAGGAGAGAGUAACAACUGUAAUAACUUGCUUUAAAAAACAUUUCACAUUGUGUAUCAAACACUUAACUGCCUACAUUUGACCAAACUUAAUGAGUCAACUUCUGUCUAGUCAAACCUACAUUGUUGUCUUGAGCCAGGAUGGUAAAUGUGAAUAAGUACUUAAACGAUAAUGUCCUAUUUUACCAAAUCACCCUCUUGUCCAAGUCGACUUUUUUUUCCGCAAGGAACACAACAGUGUUAUAAGUACUGAGUAUUUGUUUAUUCAGUAAUCAAUCCCCAAAACUUAAUUUGGCAGGGUUGACCACAAUGCAACCUGCAGCUCGUUUUCUUUAAUAGGAUAUUGGCAUAUUGUUAAAACAAAAUGUAUUUGUAAUGAGUUUUAUUACAUGUUUCACUAAUUUGGUUUGUGACUUAUAACAAUAUUUUGUUCAAAGUUAGGAAAAAAACUGUCAAAAUGUUCUGUUUGCGGACCUCGGAAUCCGUUUGGAUGCCGUUGCAUUACUCAGGCGUGAGUACAUGCAAGCAAGCGAUAGAGGGAUUUCCUAAAUAAAAGUGGAGCACUAGCCAUAUUGUUGCUGGCACACAGGAACUGUCCUCUGUAUUUUUGUUCUUUCAGUUGAAGUAAAUAUGUUCUUCUGCAAUGUAAUUAUGUUAACUCCCACCAUACCUACAGUAGUUUCUCCAUUUCUCUGUAAAUAAGAUAUAUUACUCUACUUUUAUAUAACACUGAUCGAAAGGGAAAUGUUUUUUUUUCCUAACCUAUUUCAUCCUGCCUCAAUCUCUGUCAUCAAUGUUAUUUUUUUAAGAUGUGGGAUUGUUUUUGUGUUUGUAUAGCUAGACACGUUAUCGGAUUAUUUUUGAAACUAGUUUUGCUGUGCCCAAAAGAUUUGACAUGUACAGAUGAUUUUUUGCGAGACUAAUGUUAAUUUGGAUUGUACAGAAUUAUAAAGAGGGAAAACAAUAAAGUGUGUUGAAGUGUA